UUUUUUUCCAUCAGCCCUGAGUUGGUGCCCUCGAUUUGCCCUCAUGAAGUCGCUGGAAUUCAGUGGUCGCUUUGAUGCCUUGGACGGGCUCAGAUAUUUCGCCUCCCUGCAGGUGGUUCUGUCGCACCAAUCGGAGAUCUUUGUGCCUUUCCUCUGGGGCAGCAUUUGGACCCAGCUGUUUUUCCUCCUCAGUGGCUUCGUCUUGGCCUAUGCCGAGAUGGUUCGCCCCAAGAGUUCCGCGGGGCAGCUCACCCAGCUUCAGUACACCUGGCGGAGACUGAAGAAGAUCUACCCGCCAUAUCUGCUGACGAUUUUCAUCAGCAUGAUCCAAAUAUCCCACAGCGCCUUUGAAUGGAAGACCUUGAUCUUGAAUCUCCUACUCUUGCAGGCUUGGAUCCCAAUGGUGAAUGAAUCCAAUCCACUGAAGUUGGAGGCUUCCACCACUAGCUGGGUUGGAGUCUCUUGGUUUCUCAGCGCCCUGCUGCUCUACUGGCAAUUCCUGCGGCCAGCGGCCAGAUUCUGUCAGAGAAUGUCCAUGAAACUGGCCCUGCUCUCACUGUUGUGCUUAUGGCUCUGGACCGCGGUCAUGCUUUACAUUUGGAUGAACGUGCACCUAGUCUCUGGCUAUUUCAUGAUGGUCGUCUUGCACGAAGGUCCCUUGGGCUAUGUCCAUGUCUUCCUCAGUGGUGUUGUGUUGGCUCGCGUCUUCCUCCUGUUGGUCUACAUGGAUGCUCACACCGGGGAAGCACCAGACGCGGACACCGAGAGGUUGACUUUAAGGAGCGACAGGGAUCAGAUGCAACUGCCCUUCAUCUUCAAGUUUGGGACUUCUAUUGCCUUAGUCUGCUACCUGCCCCUGUUCUGGAUUCCGGUGAGAUAUGAUUCCCCAGUGCUGGCAGUUUGCCACAAUGGAGGCCUGCUGCCCAUGAUGUGUUUGUUGUUGCUAUGCUGCAGCCUUGAAACGGAUCUGCUGGCAUCGUGUUUGGGCUCGGCGCCGGCCAAAGUGUUGGGUCGGAUCUCUUACUGUCAGUACAUCAUCCAGGGAAACGUCUGGCUGUUGAUGCUACAGCACUUGCAGGAGAACUUUUGGAUGUUCCUCCCAGUCUUCUUAGUGCUGCUGGGCAUCAUUGCGUAUGUCAUGGAAUGGCUCGUUUCGGCCGUCGUGGAUUGGAUGUUACACGAUCCGUUGAAACAACCGGCCCCUCUGGUGCUCAGCGAAUCCACAGAUGAAAGUUCCAGCGAAGAGCUUCGCAGUACCACGGAUUUGUGGGUUUGCGGCCUUUGAGUCGGUCCAGAAAAUGAUCCAAAAGAUAUUUCUACAGUAUGGGCAUCAGUCACGAAUUCAGACACUCAUUGAAACUCGUGUCACUAUGAACCCUUGAAUCUUGAGUCACUUCGUUCAGCCUAGGUCCUAGGUCCUAGGUAUUCUCGAUGGAUUUGUUUCACUUUGCGCAUAAGAUUGGCAUCCAGCCAGUGAAAA